AAACCUUCCAUUAUUCAAGAAAGGGCUUUCACAUGCGGUUAUUUCAAAGGGUAAACAUAUCCUUAAAAGUCUGAACAAGAGUCAACAGAGAGCUGUGCUUAAAACACUCAUGGCUGAGAGCUAUAUCCUUCUAAAAGGAUAUCCGGGAACAGGCAAAACAUCUACCAUAGUUUCAUUGGUUCGGCUGAUGGUUUCUCUGGGAUUAUCCGUACUCCUUACCAGUUAUACACACACUGCUGUUGAUAAUAUAUUGUUGAAGCUCAAG